GAAGUCAGAUUCUGUAUUUAAGACAAAGUCAGUCGGUCCUCGGCCGCCGUGACGGAGGGACAUAGAUGCUGACAGUUUUGGUUGAUUUUAAUUAUAAUUAUAUUUUAAUUUUUUUAUUUCUGACCAAGAUGGGCGACUGCGCACUGGUUAUUUAGGGUCGCGGCGCAAUGGGCGCGGCGUCGGGCGGCUGGCGCGCGCGCAUCGCCGCGUGCCGCGAGUCGCGCAAGCUGGUGCUGGUGAUCGUGGCCAUCGCGCUGCUGCUCGACAACAUGCUGCUCACCACCGUCGUGCCGAUCAUCCCGGAGUUCCUGUACGACAUCCGCCACCCCGACGAGCCGCUGUCCAUGUCCCUGGAGGAGCUCACCACGCCCGCUCCCCCGCCCACGCCCUACUGCCCCUGCCUCAACCGGACCAGCGUCGCCAUCGACGACGUCACCCAGCUGAACCUAACGUCCAAGAUAGAAGAGCGUCAUAAGGAGCUGAUCCACGAGACGGUGGCGGUGGGCAUUAUGUUCGCCAGCAAGGCCAUCGUGCAGCUCAUCGCCAACCCCUUCGUCGGACCCCUCACGCACAGGAUCGGCUACAGCGUGCCCAUGUUCACCGGAUUCAUCCUGAUGUUCCUCUCCACGCUUAUCUUCGCGUUCGGGCGCUCGUACAGCGUGCUGUUCGUGGCGCGCGCGCUGCAGGGCAUCGGCUCCUCGUGCUCCUCCGUGUCCGGCAUGGGCAUGCUGGCCGAGCGGUACCCGGACGACAAGGAGCGCGGCAACGCCAUGGGCAUCGCGCUGGGCGGGCUGGCGCUGGGCGUGCUGAUCGGGCCGCCCUUCGGAGGCCUCAUGUACGAGUUCGUGGGCAAGACCGCGCCCUUCCUCAUGCUCUCCGCGCUGGCGCUCGGCGACGGACUGCUGCAGCUGAUGAUCCUGCAGCCGGGCGUGGUGCGGCAGGAGAGCGAGCCGCCCUCGCUCAAGGCGCUCAUCACGGACCCCUACAUCAUCGUCGCCGCGGGAGCCAUAACGUUCGCGAACGUGGGCAUAGCGAUGCUGGAGCCGAGUUUACCGAUCUGGAUGGCGGACACCAUGCAGGCGCACCGCUGGCAGCAGGGGGUGGCCUUCCUGCCCGCCAGCAUCUGCUACCUCAUCGGAACGAACCUGUUCGGGCCGCUCGGCCACAAGAUGGGGCGCUGGCUCGCCGCGUGCUCCGGACUGCUCAUCAUCGGAGUCUGCCUCAUCCUGAUCCCGAUGGCCCGCAAGCUGGAGCACCUGAUCAUCCCCAACGCCGGCCUGGGCUUCGCCAUCGGCAUGGUGGACUCCAGCAUGAUGCCCGAGCUGGGCUUUCUGGUGGACAUCCGCCACGCCGCCGUCUACGGCUCCGUCUACGCCAUCGGUGACACUGCCUUCUGCCUCGGCUACGCUGUCGGGCCGGCGUUCUCGGGCGCGCUGGUGAACAGCAUCGGCUUCGAGUGGAUGUUGGUGAUCAUCGCGCUGCUCAACUUCGCCUACGCGCCCUGCCUGCUCAUGCUGCGCGCGCCGCCCGCGCGCGACGAGAAGCAGAACUUGAUCAUAAGCGACAAGUCGUCAGUCCGCUACGUCAGCUACCAGAACGAGGAAGAGGAAUAAGCCGCCUUCUUGAUAACGCCGCCAUCUUGACAACGCCGCCAUCUUGACAACGCCGCCAUCUUGAGACCCGCCCGAUUAUAACUUUUUAAAUUAACGAUUUAGACAAAGGUAUAAAAUGCUUAAAACAUAAAAAAAAUACCAAAAAAAAAUAAUGUAGUGAAGUCGAAGUGUCGUAGCUGUAACGAAAAUAAUAUAUUUAUAUAUAUUUACGAGAUAAUGAAUAUACGAUAGUGAAAUAUAUCAAUUUACAUAUACACGUUUUUAAAACGUAGCUCUAGAAAUAUAAAAGAUAAAGGACAUAUUACAAUAUCUACGAAAACUCUUGAGAUUUUAGAAAUAAAAAGUAGACGCCUAUAUCAGAAAAUAAUAAAUAUUUUUAAAUAUACUUACUGUAGUUGCCGCUGAUAUUUGUAUAUCUUUGUAAAUUAUUUAUUGAUAUUCAAUAGCUAUUCAUAUAAAGUUAGUAAUAUAAAACAAUAAUCUUCUAAAUUCGUUGACCAAUUUUUCUGACUCUUUGACCAGUUCUCUCUAAAAAAAAUACAUAUUUCUUAUAUCUGUGUAUGUAUAAUGAAUAUGUUAGCGUUAAUAUAUAAUAUCCAAAUCUACAUAUUGCCGUUUAGUCAGGGUGUCUAUGAAUUACGAUGUACUUUAUACUAAAUUACUAAAUAUCAAAAUACUCAUAUUAAUAUUUUGUAACUAACUAUGUAAGAACUUAUAAAAUAAUAUAACAUAAUAUACAAGAAUUAGAUAUAAGUUGUUUAAGGAUACAGUAUUAAAUAAACUUUUCUGUCACGUGUUUUGUUACUAAAUGAAAAAGCACAAAAGGAUGUUUUGUUAAAAAUAUUUGGCAUACGUGACUUUGACAAUAUUUUAUAUAUGUUUAUAUUAAUACCUAGACCAAUAUUUAUAGCUUUGUAAGUUAAAGCCUUACAAUAGAUCAUAUUUUACUCUCACACAGUGAAACCGACAAUAUUAUACCUUCUUACAUGUUACCUAGUUAUGUGAUCAACUAUAUUUUUCGAAAAAUCCUGUCGCUUUUUGAAAAAAAUAAAUCACGAUAAUUAUAUUUUUGUCUCCAUCUCCGCAUAUUCUGGCCAUAGCUUUCGUAAAAUUUAAAUAAUCAAUAAUGCAUUAGCACCAUAUUUACACAUUACGACAAUAAGUUAACAAUACAAUAAUAUUUGAAAGCACAUGUUAAUUGAGCACAUUUUUGAUAUGUUUUUAUUACGGACCAAAUAUGGAAAUGCCUUCAAUAGCCAGCAUUAUUACAAUCGUAUUGAUCUAUGUAUGAUUUCGUCAAAUAUGAAUGAUUAUUAUCACAAUUUUAUCAUAAAAAUACAAAAAAUAUUAUUUUAGUAAUUAGCAAAUAUUAGUAUACUAUAGCUGAUUGAUGGAAAGUAUUAACUGAUAAGUAGGUAUAUAUAGAUAUUUGCAUUAUUUUUAUUUUAUUUAAUUUUUAUAUUAUAUUUAUAACAUUGAUAGUAAUAUUUUUACAGUCGUAACUCACCGCGCAUACUUUUAACAUAUUACAUAAAUAUUCGAUAUAUUAUCAUAAUUAUAAUAUACUCGAUCAUAUAUUGAAUGGCAAUAUUAUAACACUAGUAGCCUAUAUUUAGUAUUAGAGUCGUUUGUUAGUCAAGUAGUGUGUUGAAUAUGUAGUAGGGAACUCAUAUUGUAUCUUAAAAUAUGAAAAUAUUCAUUUUAAUAAGAAGUGAAAUGUUAUUAUAGGUAACAUUAAAAUUGAAAUUCGUGAAUUAUGGUUAUUAACAUUCGUAGUGAUCUUUAAAUUUACAGCUCAGAAUUUAUAAUUAUUAAAAUGCAAUGGACUUUAUUUCAUCACUUGUCUUCAUUAAAAAAAAAAUACAAUCAUAUGACGUAUUAAAUUUUUUAAGAAUACUUACGUGGAAUUCAAGUUAUUCCGCGAACCAUACAUAAAGUAGGUACAUGUAACAGUAAUAAACAACCAAUUAAUUAAGUUAUAGAUAACCAUUUAUAUUUUUCAUCUAAUUACAUUCCGUUAGUUUUUCUACUGAGAUGCACUUAAUUUACCCAAAAUAAAAAACAUCACUGAAGUGAUGCUGAUAGCCUGAAGGCUAACUCGAUACAAUGAUUCUUUAAUUAAUAAAAGUGCUGGACUUAGCCACAGUCUUAUGAUAUUAUACUUGUAACUGUAAAGUACUAUCUCUCUAUGAGCGUAUGGCUGCGCAGAUAGACCAGAUAAACAGAUAAACAGGCGGUCAAACACUGUUCAUUGCAUUUGUUUACUUCUCAAUAUAGGCAAUCAUUAAUCAAAGAAACAAGUUCUUAUUUAGUUAGUUUAUAGUUAGUAAUACACACCUCAUGUUGAAUAUUUAUGUUUCCUAUUUAUAAUAUUACAAAUAUUAAUUUUCAGUUUGUUAUAUCAAUUAAAAACAUUUCUAGAUUUCUUCUGAAAUAUGAAAAAAUAUAUAUUAUUCGUGCUAUGUUCUAUAUUCAUAUUUCACACUUUUUAUCGUUAAACAUUAUAGCAGUUGCUUUUUCAAUGAAUAUUAGCCGCGGGCAAUAUUCUAACAUCACGUAGACAACGUCUCGUAGCUAACGUGUUUGUCGAUGGCUGUUUGAUAGGUAUAAUAUAUGUAGUAGUAAAUUGAGAAAAUAUAAUCACAUACACUUCCAGUAAUAAGUAUAGGGCGAAAAAUUAUAACGAAAAUAUUGGAAUAAUAUAUAAAAAUCAUAUUAAUAUAUUCACUGCAUUACAUAAUAUAUUAGUAUUAUAAAAUAUAUUUAUAUUCUGUCUUAUGUUUUGUCACUAUACUCGUAUUUAAUAUACUCAUUUGUGUAUUUUAAUAAGAAUUCAUUACUCAUUCAUUUUAAGACAUACCUACCUAUAAUUUCAAAUUGAUCGAUUUCGUGUUCAUCUUCAUCUCUCGAGCAGCUAUUUAUCGUAUUUUAAGAUUUUAUUCAUGUUUAAAAUAGUUCUUAGUGUUUUAAAAAUUAUAAGGUAGAGUAGUGUAAUGUUGUAUGUCACAUCACAUGGUAUGCAAUGGCUCAUCAUUACAGUAAGAAACUGGGCUGUUUCUUUCUUUCAAUAUUUGAAUUCAUUGAACAUCAUUAAUCAUUCAUAUUUGAUGCUUUUUUGGAAAAUGUACAAAAUAAUUAUAAAACUAAAUAAGCAAUAGCUGGGUUUGGGUCCUUGCCACGUCUCGUAUAAGUUAAAUUAAUAAUUAGACAAUGAAAAUGCCUGGUUUGUAGCGUAUACUACUUUUAUAUAUUUACUUAUUAUAAUAAUAUUCAUUUUCGUUUUAAUAUUGAAUAUUGUUUAAAACUGCGUUUUAAAUAAGUUGACUAUUAUAUUUUUAGUGAUAGGUAUAUUUUAUAACGAUAGGUACAGUAAUAUUUUCUGCACGGCUGACUAUUUUCGUUAUAAAUCAAAAUAAUCAUAAUUACAAUAUAAUGAAAAUUAAUUUGAAUUAGGUACCUAGGUGCCAAUCGUAACAAAAACAGAUUAUUUUAAAUAUUUUUAGUUUUCAUAUUCCACAAUAAAAAAGUCAUCGAGAAGAACAACUUAUUUGAAACGCAUAAUAGUUUAUCAAAUAUAAUAUUCAUUAUUAUUGUAAUAUUUAAUAUUCAGUAUAACUGUACAAAAUAUUAUAAUAUUCUAUGUUUAGAUAUAAAACGAAAAAUGAGCUCUGAGCUACAAGUGUAUGGUAGUAAUAAUUUGACAACUCUGUAAGAUAACUAUACAGCUUCUAUAUAUUAUUGAUAUUUAAAAUAUUAGACGAAUAUUAUUUAUAUAUUAUACCGAAUAUUAUUAAAAUAAUACAAUGUUAUUGUGAUAGUCAUUAGUGAUAUUUUUAAAGCGUUUAAUAUUGUAUAGUGAUAUUUAGUGCGAAAUACUUUUAGAAAAUUAUUAAUUAAAUAUUUAUGUUAUGUUUUAAUUGAUUGCAAAUCAGAUUAUUACUAGUCAUUUAAUUUAACUACCAUUGAAGUUAUUUGUAUGAAUAAAAUUAUAAUUUAAUAGUUUUUAUCGAAAUUAUCGUACAAUUGUUGUUGUAUGAUUGGUAUUUGUUGACCUAAGUUGCGUUCUGUAUAUUUUCGCCUUAGACUGUUGUUUUAAUAAAAUGUGGGUAUAUGAACUAA